GACUAUUCAAGGGCGAGUUCAUGCUCAAGCCGCUGAUUUUAAGUGCGCAGCGGAUAAACCUCCUAUUCUCUUCCUCAAAGUUUACAACGUUUCGUCACUCAUUUGUUAUGACCAGUCCUGAAGAUCUCAGUAGUUCAGAAAUACAAGCUUUUAUCACUAAAGUUAAAAGUUUACCCGGUGGAACUAACAUUCAGCAAGAUGAAGCUGAAAAAGCGGCUCAUUUGUACCUCAGAGCUCGCAAGAGAGAUGUGGAGCGUGCUGUGGAAUUGUAUAAAGCUAACAAGCGAAUGCGCUAUACUGAAAAUGUAGAUUCAAUCGAUCCUUUAGAAGAUGGUGUUCGACGUGAACUUCUAUCUGGUAAAUUUACUGUAUUACCCACUCUUCCUGAUGAUGAAAUGGAUGCAACUGUUGCUAUAUUUACAGCUUAUCGUCAUUGGCCUCCUUUAACUACACAUAGAGAUACAUUAAAAGGUGUUCUAUAUCAGUUAGAUGCAGUAAUGAUGGAUGAGCAGUCGCAAAGAAAAGGACUUGUGGUACUGUACGAUAUGCGUGAUACAAAAUAUUCCAAUUUUGAUUAUCAUCUUUGCAUCAAAUUGUUGAAUUUAUUCAAAGGUGUUUAUCCAGCUCGUCUACGUAAAGUGAUUAUCAUUGAACCACCAUUUUGGUUUCGAGCUCCAUUCAAUGUACUGCGAUUAUUUGUUCGUGAAAAAAUGCGAGAUCGGAUAUAUUCUGUUGGUUAUGAUGAAUUAAAUGUACAUUUGCCAAAUUCCACAUUGAAACGUUUAUUUGGUCAAUUAACAUUAAACCAACAUUUUGAUUGGCUAUUAAAUUGUUUUAAACGUACUGGUCAUUUUUCACGUAUGCCAACUGAUUAUUUUAAAUUGUCACAAUUAUCAUCAUUAAGACCAUCUGAUUCAAUUUAUUCAGCAUUACAUAAUCCUUUAUUAGGCAAUGAAUUGAUUGUUCAACUAGAUUUAUACAAUAAUAAUUAUAAUCAUGAAAAUGUUGAUGAUAAUACUGACAAAAUAAUUACUACUACUACUGCUACUAUUACUAAUGGUAGUAUUAAUAGUAAGGAUAUUUCUGUGUCUUCUAUUCAUGGAUCAUUACGUGUUCCUAUGAAAAAUCGACGAUGUUCAGAUGAUUUUUUACAUACAACUAUCAUAACAUCUUCGUCAUCAUCAGCUAUAACGACAAUAUCCAGAUCAUCAUUAUCUUCCAUGGUUCAUGGAUCAACACAACCACAAUAUUAUAAUACAAUAAAUGGAAGUAUUUCACCAUUAUCACGACUAAUAGGGGAUACUGUUGGUUUACAAACAUCACCAUUACCACGUCGUGGAGUAUUAACUGAUAAUCGUAUGACUGAUUCAAUGUUUGAAACAUCUAUUGGUCAUAAUAAUAAAGACUGUACAUCAUCAUCAACAUCAUCUAUGUUUCAUAAUGAACGACGUGUAUUCUAUCGAUCUGAUCGUCAUCUUUCUCAUUCCAACUCAUUUAGACACAGAACUAAUACAAUAACAACACUAGCUAAUAAUAUCAGCAGUAUUAGUAAUGGUUCAAUAUCUUCCACUCAUACAUCUUCAUCUAAAGAUCAAUUAUAUGUUACAAAUCCUUUAUCGGAAACACGUUUGUCUGUAUCAGAAUUUAUCACUAGAGUGCAAAGUGUUGGUACUAUUGGAUUAACUUUAGAAUUUGAUGCAUUAUUUAAAGAUAGUCCUGUGAAAGGUGCUUGUACGCGUUUUGCGUAAGUUGUUUACAAUUGUUUAUUGUUUGAAAGAAAAAUCACUUGUUCAUUGAUAUCUCUGUAGAAGUAGUAAUAAUAAUUGUAGUAUUAAUGACAAGACUAUACUAUACCAAUGAACUUCAGCAAAUUUAUGGGUUGCCUCGCGAUUAGCCAGUCAGUGAUAACCAAUACGAAUGCAGCUUUCAUUUAAGAGCUCUAAAAUGUAAAAACCAUAGAAAUACAAAGGAUCAAAUGUUUUAAAAACAUUAACGAACUUGGUAAUGCUAAGUAUCAAUAAUUCAGGCUGAAAUCAGGAUGGACCCUGAUUCUUAGCUCUGCAUCUUUUAAAACGUAACUCCUGACUUUGAAACCCCUAAACCCCAACUCCUAACUCUAGAAUUCGACCAUACCUCCUUACCCUAAAACGUCCUAACCCUAACUCUUAACUAUUAAAUCUCUAGACUUUGGCUCAUAACCAUACUACUUCUUAACAUUGGUCAUCAACACUGAUACUUCUAACCAUAACCGUGGUUAACACUCCUAAUCCAAAAAAUCUGACCUUAACAGCUCAUUCGACAAGGAAAAUAUCAUCCAAUCCUUCCAAAAUACGAGAUAUGGUGAGAAUCAUGAGCUUUAGUAACAAGCUAUUUGGAAUAGCGCUUUAAAUUUGCUUCUCAGUUUUAUUUUGAUUGAUCGCUCACGGCCUUUGGUCUUACAGUACUACUUAUGUGCUUUUUCGUUUCAUCAAGUUGCCUCACAUUCCCCUUAGUCACUAGUUGAAGCUAUGCAUGAUUUAGUAGGAGAAAUAUUUAAAUUUCAACCAGGAACAUAUUUUUAGUUUGACAUUUCUCAGUCUGUAUACACUAAUUUACAUGGCGUCGAACCCAAGAAUUUCACUUUCACGUUUUAUCACCAUAGUAUCGUAUGUUUUUUCUCUUGACUGUAUAUAUUAGUUCAAGAGAAACAGUUCGAUUCAUCAACUGUUCUGUUUCUUUUUAUCUGUCUUUCUGAUGAUUGUUUACAUCAGAAAUUAACGUUAGAUAUAUAUAGUGAAUCAAGGUGAUACAAAAAAAUAUUUAUUCCAUUUGGGUAAUUUACAGUUUUUGCGCUCGUCAUGUGACCUAAAGAUUUUGAUAAUCUGAAUGAAACCAAAUGAGGAAAAAAACAAAUUUGUAUUCAUUAUAUAUGUCAAAGAAAAAGAAACUUUGAAACACUUUCAAAUGCAAUCAGUUAUUGUAUAAUUUUAAAAGUAAUUCCCAAUGGAAAACAACAUUCUCAGGCUUCAUGUUAAGUCAUGUGUAUGUCAAAUUGUAAACAGAUCAUUAUGUGAAUGUUAGCAAUUAGUUAAAUUAUUCUGUAUAAACAAAUGAAGUGUUGAACAAAUUAUUGAUGAAUAAAGAAUUACUUCAUUAACAUAAUAUUAUAAUAAACAUUAAUUGAUUGUACAUAUUUGUAUUUAUGCUAGAAAUUUAAUUGUGUAAUUUUUCAGGAAUGUUCUACAGUUUUCCACAAUUUAUUUCGCAUUUAAAAUUUGAAUGAGGCAAAAAUAAGAAUGGUAAUAAAAUAAUUGAUGAGUUCUAGCUAGUUGUUCACAACGUUACUUACCUACUUACUUCCUUAACGUCUGUGACUUCUCAUGGAGGAGUAUAGGCCACUCACCAGCAUUCUCCAUCGGAUUCUGUCCUGGGCAAUCCUUUACAGUUGCUCUUCAUCCUUUUCAUGUUUGCUUCUGAUUCCCGACGUAGUAUGUUCUUAAGCCUUUCUCUUUUCCGUUUCCCUUCAGGAUUCCAAAUUAGCUCUUACCUCGUGAUUCAGUUUGAUGAUUUCCUCGAUGUAUGUCCUAUCCACUUCCAACGUCUUCUCUUAAUUUCCUCCUCAACUGGAAGUUGGUUUGUUCUUUCUCACAGUAGGCUGUUACUGAUGGUAUCCGGCCAUCGGAUAUUAAAUAUCUUGUGUAGACAAUCGUUUUUAAAUACUUGUACAUUUUCGAUGAUGGUUGUGGUAGUUCUCCAAGUUUCAGCUCCAUACAGUAGGACUGUCUUCACGUUCAUAUUAGAGAUUUUGAUUUUGAUAUUGGUUGACAAACAGUUGUUUCGAGUUCCAUAUGUUCUUCAACUGUAGAAAUGCUGCCCUAACUUUGUCAACCCUCACGUUUGCGUCUGCAUAGAUGAUGCUAACCAGGUAUGUGAAAGUUUCCACCAAGUGUGAUUGGGUACGGCUGAGAGUGGGGAGAGUCCGCUCUCCCUCUCGAAAUACUCUCACAUGACCACGCGUAUAUAGCCUCUGCCAGGGAAGUCCUACUCACUGCCUUCUCGUGGAGGGGGUGUUGUUUACGAAAAUGAGAGGACGAAAAGCGAAUGUCCGGCGCUUUAACCGGAUUUCAAACCAAUGGUGCACAUGGGCUCCAGUAUCCCGCGGGAACAAAUGGCGAAUGAACCAACUGUUGGUCACCGGCUCCCAUGGAACUGCAUCUCCUUACGAUGCUCCACUGCCUUGUGGAUCAGACCUUCAGGUCGAAGGCUCGGGGUGUGGCCCCCUAAGAAAACCACCUGCUUCGGUUUGGGCACCCGGGCAGUAUCACAGCCCUCACACAUAUCGAAUGAGAUUUGUGUGGCGCAUAUGUAUUUAUUGCCUCGUGCUUACCAUUAUCUAUGUGUUGAAAUAAAUAAUAAAUAAAUAAAUUUAAGGAUUCUGCUUUCUCCCUUGUGUAUGUUGAGGCCUACUGCUGAAGAGGUAGAGGUUUCUGCUACACUGGUUGUCAUGACCUGCAUUCGUUGAUGUCAUCUGCGAAGUCCAAAUCGUCUAGUUUCAAUCAAGCUAUCCAUUGUGUUCAAUGCUUUCCCUCAGAUGUAGAGUUCUUCAUAAUCCAGUUGACCAUCAGCAGAAAGAAGAAGGAGGCGAGUAUGCAGCCUUGUGUGACUCCGGUCGUCACUUGGGAUGCAGCUGUCCUAUAUGCACCAAUUCGCAGUGUAGUCCGUCGUAUGAAUUACAAAUGAUGUUGACGAUCUUUUCAGUAGCCUCACAGUGUCGAAGAAGGCUCUAUAAGGUCCUCAUAUCCACACUGUCAAACACCUCAUAGUCAAUGAAGUUGAUGUAUAAUGACUAAUUUCAUUCGAUUGAUUGCUCAACAAUAAUCCGUGGUGUCACGAAUCGUUCUGUAUACGACCGAUCCUUACGAAAUCCAGCCUAUUGAUAUUGAAAUCGGACGUCCACUGAAUCUUUCAUCCGGUUCAACAACACUGUUGAAAACUUUUCAUGGCAUCGAUUGUCAUGUGACGCUUCUGUAGUUCUCACAUUUGCUCAGAUCUCCUUUCUUUGGUAUCUUGAUGAAAUAUGCUUCUUUCCAGUCUGUCUGUGGUACUUGUUCUUCCUCCCGAAUCUCCCUAAAUAGAACGUGGAGCAUGUUUUCAGUUGCUUGUAUUUCUGACUUCAGUGCUUCAGGUAGUAUAUUGUUAGGUGCCGCUGCUUUUCCACUGUUGAUUUUUCUGAUGGCCAUCCUGAUUUCUUCGAUCGUUAGUGGGAUGAUAUAGAAAAAUAUUAUCCAAUCAUUUUAAAAAACAAACAUGUACAUACCUUUAAACCAGAAAGUGUAACGCAACAAUUUUUUGAAACUGAAGUUAUCAAGACAAAAUUAAAUAGAUAACUGUGUUUUUUUUGUUUGGAUUAAGUAGUAGCAGAUUAAGUAGUUUUAUCGCUACAACUUCAAUAGAGCCUAAUUAAUGUGAGGUCAUUUUGUUUAUUGAUCAGUUUGAAUAAUUUAGAAACUUAAACAUGAGAUGUUCACAUUUUAAACAAAUAAUGAACAAUCGCAUUACUCUAAAUAUUAUAUUUUUCUAGCUUUAAAUGUCGUGGAAUGUGCUCAGAAAUGCAGAUACUUAACUGGGUUUUUUUUUCUAUUGUUCCAAUGUAUUUGCUUUGGUCAGUUUAUGUAAACUGGUAAACACAUUUGAAGAUAACAUACAACAGUAAUUUGUUCACAUUUGAUUGUCGUAAUAUUUUACAGUCAAUAGUGAAUAUGUACAAUUUGAACCAGAUAUAAGGG